UGCCUGUGAUGUGCAGUGUUAUUAUAGAGGGUCAGGUUCACAUGUCAGGAAGGCAUGUGAUCACCGGAUACUGAUGAUGACCGAGUGGACUGAUUAAUGCUCUUUAACGCAGAAGAUCACUCGGAACUUCAACUCAGAAGAAGCUGCUGAUGAAGAGUUUUUAUUUUAUUUAUACAGUGGAUUAAAGUCUGUGUUGACUUUGUGACAAUGAGGCUUGCAAACAGAAAGCGGGUAGAAACUGUGAACGGAGCGGAUUCCCAAGGUUCAGAGCACUUCAUAAAUCCUUUUACACACGAGUUGAGGUUCACUUCUGUGCAGAAAGUCAAGAUUGCAUUGAUGACUGUGACGCUGUUUCCUCUGCGAAUGCUUUGUUCUGCCUUUUUCACGUUGCUCACAUGGCCUUUUGUAUUUGUGGCCACUGUGGGCCGCACCGAGGACGCCGUGGAGCCUCUUUCCUGGUGGAGGUGGCUGGUGGAUCUAAUCAUCAGGGGAUCCAUGAGGGCGUUGUGGUUUUCCGGCGGCUUCCACUGGAUCCAGGUGAAAGGCAGACCAGCUCUGCCCAGUGAAGCACCCAUACUCACACUGGCACCGCACUCGUCUUUCUUUGAUGCCAUUCCUGUGACCAUGACCAUGGCAUCGAUAGUGAUGAAAGCAGAGAACAAAAACAUUCCUGUCUGGGGCACGCUGAUUAAGUUCAUCCGUCCAGUGUUUGUGUCACGCUCGGAGCCUGAUUCUCGCAGGAAGGCUGUGGAGGAGAUUAAACGCAGAGCAUGCUCAGCAGGCCAGUGGCCUCAGAUCAUGAUUUUUCCCGAGGGGACCUGCACCAACAGAUCCUGCCUCAUCACAUUUAAGCCUGGUGCAUUUAUUCCUGGGGUUCCGGUCCAGCCGGUGGUUCUGCGCUAUCCUAACGAACUGGACACGAUCUCAUGGACAUGGCAGGGACCUGGAGCGUUUAAGAUCCUGUGGCUCACGUUGUGUCAGUUCCACAAUUCUAUAGAGAUCGAGUAUCUUCCUAUUUACACACCAUCAGAGGAAGAGAAAAAGGAUCCGGCUCUGUUUGCCAGCAAUGUGAGACACAUCAUGGCCAAAGCGCUGCAAAUACCAACUGUAGACUACUCGUUUGAAGACUGUCAGCUCUCAAUGGUCAAAGGUCCCCUGUGUUUACCUAGCCACACAUGCAUGCUGGAGUUCUCCAGACUGGUGUGUAAACUUGGUCUGAAGGUGGGAGUCACAGAUCAGGUCCUGCAGGAAGAGGGCAAAAAAGCACGCAAUCUCGGUGGACGAAAACUGAGUCUGGAGGAAUUUGCAGAAUACUUAAACCUUCCAGUGACGGAAACUCUGCAGGACGUCUUUGCACUCUUUGAGGAGCAUGGUCAGAUGGAUGUGAGGGAAUACGUCAUUGCUCUCUCUGUGAUCUGCAGACCCUCGAAGUAUCUCGACACUCUUCAGCUCGCCUUCAGGAUGUUUGAGGCUGAGGAGAGCGGAGCUGUCGUAGAGGACGAGUUCGCCGUCAUUCUGAAAUCAGCUCUUGGAGUGGAAGAUCUUGCUGUGGGUGAUGUCUUCAGAGCUGUUGAUAGAGGAGACAAAGGAAAGAUCACCUUUGAUGAUUUUUGCCAUUUCCUGGAGAUCAGUCCAAACUUCACGGAGUUAUGCCACUGUGUCGAUGAACCAUCCACACACACAUGUUCAGGACUCGUACAACCUGCAACCAACAGCUUCUGCCCUGACUUCAGUCCUCAGGAUCAAAACACACACAGCAAGAAACAUGACUGAUGUAUGUAUAAGAUGUCUGCAUGUUCAAGUAGAUUAGAGGUGAUGACGGUGAUAAUGUAUAAAGUGUUUUUUCUUCUUUGGGUUUUAUAGUUUUCUACUGAACACUUUAUUUUUGCUAUCACUGUUUUAACAGAUCCUUUGUGAAUUUAAAUUUGUGCACUACUAUUAUAAAAAUAUAUAUAUUUUUUUUACUAGUUUGAGGGUGACUAAUACAUUAAGGUGAAAUACUCUGUUGGUUUGUGUGUGAAUUAAAUGUUCAGAUUUGUACAA